AUGGCAGAAGCGGGAGGCCUCCCUAAGCGGAAGGUCGACGAGGAGGAGGACGGAGCUGAUGCGGUGCAGAAGAGGAGGAGGAUCAAUGGGUCGAAUUUUUAUGAGGAUCGUUUACAGGUUGUCCUUGUCUCUCCCUCUCAAGAAGAGCAAGAUCAGGCCAAGAAUCAAGAAAUUGAAGUAGCAAGGGCAAAGAAAGAGCAGGAUCGGGCCAAGAUUUAUCAAGAAAUUUGUGAAAUAAUGGCACAAAAAGAUAAUCAGCGGGAGCGGGAGCGGGAGCGGGAGCGGGAGAGGGAGAGGGAGCGGCUCCUGUUUCAAAAGCGGAAGCGUUGGAUCGACGGCUGCCCAAAGCUCCGGAGCUCGGGGAGUAAGCUUUGGUGA